AUGAAACAAAGGGAAAUAAUUAAUACCAAUGAGCUGCCUUGGGAUACUCGGACAUUGUUAGCUACUCCACGGUUAAUACCAAGUAUUCGUAUUGUUGAACCUGGUCAAUAUUACCAUUUUGGACUAGCAUCAGGAAUAAUUCAACAUGCAUCCUCUAAUAUGACGGAAAUUAAAAUUAUAAUUGGUAUCGAUGGAUUACCCAUAGCUAAAAGUAGCAAUAGUCAGUUGUGGCCCAUUUUGGCAUAUAUAAGUAAUGAUACAACUAAAACAGUUUUUCCUGUAAGUAUUUACCAUGACUAUACUAAACCUAAGGACAGCAAUGAUUUUCUUGUUGAUUUUAUAUCAGAAGCUAAAGAACUUGUUACCAAUGGUAUUAGUUUGAAUAACUGUAAUAUGAAAGUAUCAUUUGGUGCUUUUAUAUGUGAUAGCCCUGCUAAGGCGUUUAUACUAAAAUUAAAGGGUCAUUCUGGAUUUUUAUCUUGCACUCGUUGUAUUCAAGUUGGAGAACAUUAUCUAAAUCGUGUCUGUUAUCCAUAUUGCAAUUUUUCUACUAAAAGAACUCAUGAAUCAUAUGCAAGUAAAGCAUUCGAAGAACACCAUAUUGGGAAUACCCUAUCAAGGCUCAUUGAAGUUCCAGGUUUAGAUAUUGUUACCAUGUUUCCCCUUGAUUACAUGCAUCUUGUGGCCCUGGGGGUUGUCAAAAAACUUAUUUUACUUUGGUUACAUACUGGGCCAGUACAAACACGUAUUCAAGGCCGUAAUAUAAACAUAUUAAGUAAUUCAUUACUGAACAUUAAACAAUUCAUUCCUAUUGAUUUUCCACGGAAAACUAGAUUGAUACAGGAUGUUAGGAGAUAUAAAGCAAGUGAAUUGAGAUUUUUUAUUGUGAUUUAA